UACAGGAGAUGACCAGAGACUGCGGACACAGUACAGGAGAUGACCAGAGACUGCGGACACAGUUCAGGGGAUGACCAGAGACUGCGGCCACAGUACAGGAGAUGACCAGAGACUGCGGACACAGUGCAGGGAUGACCAGAGACUGCGGACACAGUACAGGAGAUGACCAGAGACUGCGGACAGCACAGGGAUGACCAGAGACUGCGGACACAGUACAGGAGAUUACCAGAGACUGCGGACACACCGGGAAGACCGCGCCGCUGGAUAGAG